AUGUAUCUCAAGGCCUGGGUGGCCCUCACCUCGCUUGGGGUGCUGGCACUUGCUGCCCAGCCCCGUGCACCGAAACCACUCGAGGCGCCGCUACGAGACCUGCAAUUCGGUCAGCUUAAUUUCCUCCAUACAACCGAUACCCAUGGCUGGCAUGCCGGACAUCUGCUCGAGCCUUCAUUCAGCGCAGACUGGGGCGAUUAUGUCGAUUUCGCAGACAGACUGCGUGAAAAGCUGGAGGCGGAAGGAAAAGACUUGUUGAUUAUUGAUACAGGCGACCGCAUCGAAGGAAAUGGACUGUACGAUGCUUCGGAUCCCAAAGGCCGAUUUACAUUUGAUAUCUUCCGUGCACAGCAUAUGGAUAUUAUAUGUUCAGGCAACCAUGAGUUGUACAAGCAGAAUUCCUCCGAAAACGAAUAUCUGAUCACCGCUCCUGCAUAUGCCGACAGUUAUCUUGCGUCGAACCUUGAUAUUGUCGAUCCUGAGACCGGCAGCCUUGUUCCACUUGCUCCGAGAUUUAAAAAGUUCACCACGAACAAGCAAGGAAUACGCAUCAUUGCCUUCGGCUUCCUUUACAACUUCGACCGAAACUACAACAAUACUGUGGUGCGGCAAGUUGAGGAAACGAUCAAAGAACAGUGGUUUCAAGACGCAAUUCGCGACCGUGAUGUGGACCUGUUUGUCGUCGCCGGCCACUCGGCCAUCCGGUCCGAAGAGUUUAAGGCUGUUUACUCGGCUAUCCGGUCGGUUCAGUGGGAUACUCCUAUUCAAUUCUUUGGUGGACAUUGGCAUGUUAGGGAUUACAAGCAGUUUGACAGCAAGGCCUACGGGCUUGCAAGCGGUAGAUUCAUGGAAACUAUUGGCUUCCAGUCUAUCAGUGGACUUGCAACUAAUGGAAGCACUACCUCUUCACUUUCCUUCUCCAGAAAGUAUAUCGACAAUAAUUUGUUUUCCUUGUACCACCAUUCGGGCCACAACUCGUCCACUUUCCAUACGGAUCGGGGUCGCAAUGUUACGAUGGCAAUCCAGAAAGCUCGCAAAAACCUUGAUUUGGAUCGGACCUUCGGUUGCUCCGAUCGAGAUCUCUGGAUGGACCGAGUCAAGUACCCAAGUAACAAUAGUGUUUUCAGCUGGCUCGACCAGCAAGUAUUUCCGGGAAUUGUCAACGACACUCGGCGCAAUGAUAAACCAAGAUUGGUAAUCACCAACACUGGGGCUAUACGUUUUGAUAUCUUUAAAGGUGCUUUCACCAAAGAUUCAACAUAUAUCAUGUGUCCAUUCACAAGCGGCUUCCACUUCCUCAAGGAUGUCCCCUAUAACCGUGCGAAAAACCUGCUCCAACUUUUGAACAGUGGUGGCGAGAUUUUUGAGCAAGUCGACACGUCACUAGCCAUGUCAAGGAUGAAGAUCCCGCAACAACUAGGAGUUCACACUAAUCGCCAUUUCUUCGAGACUUUCACAAACUCGCACAAUCAUGAACAACUUGCUCUGUCGAGCCAACUUGAGCUAAUUCCAGGCUACACUACUGUCGAUGAUGCAGGCGAUGACGGAGAUGACACUAUUCAUUCACCUAUAUCAUUCUAUCGACAACCAAACUGCAUCCAGUCCACUAUAAACCCUCAGAACAUUGACCUAGAGAAUGAUACAGUGGACGUGGUAUUCAAUGAGUUCAUCCAACCUUGGAUCCUGCUUGCGUUGAAGUUCUUUGGUCUCGACUAUACUGCUACUGAUGUUGACAAGUAUAUGCCUGAUGACAACAUGACGACAUUGAUCGCAAAAUGGGUUACUGAGAACUGGCCUAAUAACUGUUGA